AUGAUAAGAGCUAAAAGAAAGAAUUAGAGCCAGGGGGAAAAUCAAAAUGAGUGCCUUAAGAUUUAUGAUCAUGAUGAAAGUAAUAAUGCUAAAGAAAGCAAUUCGAAAAUAAACGGGAAUCUGGAAGAAUUGGAUAAAAUUGAAAGCAAGGGGUUAGUACAUGAUAAUAAUUAUAAUAAUUGUAUAAAGCUCUAAGCAAAGUAGCAUAUUAAUAAUUCCAAUAAGUAAAUUAUUUAUCACAACAAUGCCCUCUUUCAGCAACCAUCAUAUAAGUAAAUUUUCUCGAUCGUUAAGGGAAAAAGAUUCGGUAUUAAGGAUGCAUACUUAAAUUAGGAAUUAAAAUAAAAGUUAGACUUAUAAUCAGAAAUACAUAAAAACUUAGACAUUUCGAUUGAGGUCUAAGAAAAAAUGGCAAAUAAAUUAGAGAUUUCAAAAGAUAACUCUACAAAAUUGAAAGAAUAAGAUCAUCUUUUGAAUCAGUAAGCUAUAACUGGUGCGGCAAGAUCUCUUUUUUAAAAGGUACUAUUUGAAAAUUCAAGAAUAUGA